AAAUAUAUUUAGUGAGAGCAUAUAAACAAAUAUGGAUUUGCAGAGAACUACUGUAAGUUUAAUGGUUUGCUUACCCUGUUGAAAACCCCAUUUAAAACAGUCUAAGCUGAGUUAAGUUAGCUUUAGCAUGUUUAAGAUGGUCUCCCACCAUAGCUGUUUAGCUUUAUGGCCAACUUGUUCCCCGUAGCUAGCAACUGAAAAGUGCCCAGAAUCCCUAUAAAACCAGCCAACUGGUCAGCCUAGCCAGGCUGGGAUAUCAAUAUACCAGCUUAGGCUGGUUCAGGAUGUUUUAUUAGUAGAGAAAUGAGCAGUAUUCAUUUGAAGGACCAAAGGUCUUUGGAUGCACAGGUGGUUCUCAAAAAGGGGCCUAAGGGCCAUUUUAAGCACAUUUUUGUAGUUUAAUUAAAUAGUCUUGCAGUGUGACAGAUGCAUUUAAUUUUUUUAGAUAUACAUUUUUUCUAGUCAUGCCAAGCGCUAAAAUAUUUUAUAGGGUAGAAACUAUUUUUAAAAAUCUUAAACAUUCUCUAAAACCUUAAAGUUUAAAAUGGAGUAUUAUUACAUGGACCCUAGUAAUUAGAAUACUAAAAAAGUUAGUGUAUAACAUGAUCCCCCCUGUGGGUUACUUUAUGAUUGACCUUUGGCCCAUUUCCCAGUAUUCACCUGAAGUGUGUGCAACAGAGUGUAAUCCUCAGGCCCCCAGCAGUGACAGAACAGCAGCAGAUAUAAGAGGCAGGAGGUAGCUCGAGAGGGAGGGAUCAGAGGGCAGAAGAGUCAUGCUCAAAGUGUUACACAGAGAAGGGGGAGGGAUCACUACACAAGUUGCUCUGUGAGUGUUCUAGUCUGAGGUUUCAUAGUACUGCUUCUCAGGAGGAACAGACUGUCUCACACUUCCAAGGACUAGCAGAGUUCUCCUGUGAAGGUCAUGGAUCUAUAGCAGGAGAGGUGAAGGGAGCUGAGUCAGGAGUCUGGGGAGGAGACUGGAACAUAGGCAGGACGGGCAGCAUGUGUUGCAGCAUGUUUGUGUCCUUGCCCGGCUGAACCAAAACACGCACACGUCGCUGCACACGCUCUCUGGGAGUUCGCCGCUGGAGUGCUGCACUGUGAAACUGCAGCAAUCUUGUGCGAAUGUGUGUGUGCCUCCUUAGAGAAAGGCUGUAGUACGCACUGACAAGGUGAGCCCACUGAAGGAGAAGUCUGCCACCGCAGAGAACGGAUCUGUCCACACUGAUUCAGUCAAAGCAGAGGCACAGGUGUCUGCUGACGAGGAAGAAAAGCCGCGAAGACAGGAAGAGGAAGAUAAAGAGGAGCUAGAGUUUCCUCAUGAUCUGCUGCCCAGCAUAGACCUUGACCUCAGCACUGAGCUCAGUCUCACCUGGGGAACCUCACUUGGUUGUGAGCAGGGGAGCUUGGGUGAAAUGAAGAAUGAGGCUGUGGCACUGGGUGGCACUGCCAACCCUCUGCUGGCAGGUCUAGAGCACUCCAUAGGGGCCAGUCCACCAGUAGUGGGCCUCAUGAAGAGGUAACAGAGGAAUAAUUAAAAUGGAGACAGAGAGAUACCAGUCAGACAUUGUUAAUUUGGCCAAAGUGUAUUCAUGUUUUUAUAAAUGUAAUAGAUUUUGGUAAGAUCUCUUGCUCCAUUUUGUGUUUUGGGUGUGGCUAUUGAUGCGUGCUGUGAAAGUUCCAGUAAGCACAAAAAGUUUCAAAAUGUUUUCACAGCCUUUUCUUAACUGGAAAAACAUUUACACAAAUGUAUUUGUGCUAGCUGGGUUGGCUUUAAAGCUGGUUGAGUUGGUUUGCUGUGAACUAUACUAGCAUUGUUUUUGGUUGUGCUUUGAUCAGGGAGUUGACAUGACUCUUUAACACGCAUGAGAUGAAAGUGUAUGGUUUACCACACUAGAUCGAUGUACAUCUUGAGAGGUGUCCUCCUUAACAGGAAGCCAUGUUUAAGUGUGGUGUACAUAUAUUUGUGGUGUUUUUUUUUUUUUUGUCCUGUUGAGAGAGUUAUCAACACAUUAUUUCAUCUAGAUGCAAUUGCAUAGACUUGUGCAGUCACAGACAGAUGAUAUCUACAUUCAUACUUGUUAUACUUGACAUGUUUUAAGGUUGUACUUCGUGUUAGUUUCUCUCAGCUAAAUACGACUAAAUCAUGUUAGAGUGAACUGUAUAUGUUUUUAUAUUUAUGUUUUUAUAAACAUUAAUAUUUACAUAUUCCAGAUUGUGUUUUUAUGUUAGAAAGGCUAUAGAAAUGCUUAGGGAAAGGGCAGAAUAUUGUGGGUAUUGAAAUUCUGCCUGACAGUGCAGUAGGGAGUGGCUGCAGUUCUGUAAUUCAUUCAGACAUACAAUAUGCCAAAAGACAUAAGUAAGUUUUAGCACAUACAAGCAUAAUUGCUGUAACUUAAACUGCAGUACAGCUGUCUGACUUUCCAGUUAUGCCAGAGAAGGGUUCUAAACUUUUUUUUACCUUCUCUGAUUGGGAGUGUCAGCUUCUAGUCAUAAUCACUUAUUGAAAAAAGAAAAAUGUUGCGUGGUUGAGCCUGUCGUCAUCCAUAUCAGCAAGUUGGCAGAUCACAUGAGUGCUGUGGUCCAAUCAGAGAGAAACCCAUGAGGAUCUGCUUUCUCAUUUGUUUGCAUUUGAGGUGAAGGUGAUUGAUACAUUUUUAGUCUAAAAUGACAAAAAUGUGUUACCAAAGCUGUAUCUGUUCUGUUAAAGCCCCAGGUGGCACAGAAACACAAGGUGAGACAGGCAGUGUUGGGGAAGCAUGGUUGUCAUAUUAAAUCAGCUUAGGCUACUUUAUUGGGAUGUUAGUCACUGACUGUUUUUCAGCUCUUAAACAUGAUAUGCAGAGUCAUAGUGAUUCACUAGGCACUAUGAUGUCUGCCGUAAUAGGGUUGGUAGCAGGUUUUUUGGCUGGUGUUAUUCUGUCAUACGUAUAGGUAGUCAGUUACACUGGGUCCUUAAUGGGUGCUAAAAGCAUUAAAGCAUUAACCUUGCUCUAAAACAGCAUGUGAUUUUUCUGCCAAGUCCAUAAGACUAUGACUUUAUGAAGGCUUUUACUUAGCAACCAUUCUCAUUUCACCUUUUCAAAUUUGCAAAGAUUUCAUCAUCUUGAUUAUAUAAUCUCAUUGAAAAUGUAACAUGAUUGCAAGUGAUUUAUACUAUUAAUAAAUUUGAAAUGAUGAAAUGAAGUGGUUUACCCGAUAAUAAAAUAAAUAAAUAAAUAAAAAUCAUGGCACUGUGUAUAGUAAAACCUUUUUUUAUCUUACACUGAAGAAAAAUAUUAUUUAGUUUCUUAUUUAAUUAUCUAAACAUCCUUAAAACACGACAAAAUACUGAUUAAGAAUAAUGAUUAUUAUUUUUUGAAUUGUGUGUUUUUGUUUUUUUAUGCUUUUAAAGUGAUUAGUUCUGCCUAUGCAUGAACUCUCAUCCUGUCUCUGGCAUGAGGUGGAGUGGAGUGCUUUGGCUUGGUGUGGAAUGAACAACUAACUGUUUCUCAUAGCAGUUUUAUUCUAAUGUAUCUUUUUGGUGAACACUGAUAGCUGUGACGGUGACCAAGUUUCUAUUCAGACAGCAUCACUGACCCAAGCCCACUUGUCAAGCAAAUCUCAACAACAUGUUCCAUCCCUCAAUCCUUUGGCUGCCCAGAUGGAUAUUGAAAUCCAAGAAGCUUUAAAGGAAUGUGAGGAUGAAAUGGCUGCUUUUGGCAUAUCCUCCCAAGCAGACACAUGGACUGCAGGUGAUCUGGACAGGUGUUUCUCUGUAACCAUGCCUGAAAGUUAUGAGAAAAAUCAAACCAAGAAAACUGAAGUCAAAAAGUAUUUUGGUUCAUCUUCACAUAAACCUGCUAAAUUUCAUGAAAGUUACCAUGGAAAUGAUGGAGCGCACACAAAUGACUCAACAGUAGGUGAAGAGGGGGUGGUUAGCUUCAGAGAUUAUGUUCUAGGAAGAAAGCAAAGUAAUACAUGUGCUGCUGGAUCUGAGGAUGUCAAAAACAUUGAGGAUAUAACAGAAAACCACAGAGAAGAAGCAAGCCAGCUGUCAGAGGCAGAUCAGCAAACAAAGUUAGAGAUAGAGACAAAAAUAGACACAGCUGAGAGCAUAGCUGGUCAACAAAAGACACAAAGCAUAAGGACAGGUACACAAACAAUAUCAGAGAUUGAUGCGGAAAAGGAAACAGUUACCCAGGAUCAAUCAAUACAAGAUAUCUGCUCUUUAAAAUACACCCUGGAGGGUAAGAGUCCACAAGAUGAAGACAGAAUAAAUGUUAUAGCACAGAAAACCCAGGAAGAAGCAGGGGUAAUUCAAGAGACAAAUCCUUUGAAUGAAGAAGAUAUAAGUUCUGCAAAAGCUACACAGAUGAUAAAAAUAGAGACACAUAGUCAGUUAAUUAUUGAUUUACUCACGUGCCCAUCCACACAUACAGAUAAACAUUCUGGUCACAUGUUGCACUUAGAAGCUAAAAUAAGCAUACAACCAAACAUACAGAAACAGGUGGAGUCAGGGACACAUCAGUGCAUAAAUGAACAGAUAGAAACAAACACAAAAUUAGGAUCAAGCCUUGACCACCAAAGACAGGAAUUAGGACUCCCAGAACAGCUGAGUCCUGAGGAUAAACAAUUGAUCUGCUCCCCACCUCCAGAACCCGAAGCUCAUCUUUCCCUGGCUGAGGCUCCACCUGCCCUGUUACUGGACUCCCUACAGGGAUCUGAGCAAAAUGAUGUCCAUGAACAGACAGAUGGACCCUGCAAAUCAAUAUCAGAAGGUGAAACCAUACACCACAACUACUGUACAACAGGGGACAAACAUGAGAAAAAUGAUGCAUCUGAUGCAUCUGCUGUUGUGAUUGAUUCCUGCCAAGCUAAAACAGCCCCUGAACAUGAGCCUUUAGGGAGAUGUGACUUAGAGAUAUAUCCUCUGAAGCAGGAGAAUGGACCUCCUUUAAGUGGUGGAGCUAGCGCACAUGCAGCACUUUGGGGGAAUUCACAUGCUCUGAGCCGAGUCGGUGCAGACGAGAAGGAGGAGGAAGAGAGUGCCCUUGAAUGGGCUUCAGCAGAGUCCGCUGCCUCCACAUUGCUACAAACAACACCCACGACGCCGGAAAUGAUAGAAAGCGAGGGAGAGAAGAAGAGAGGUGAUGUGUUCCAAAGUGCAAUAAUAUUACAAGCAGCAGAGAGAGAAUCGGACGUGCUGGAAGCAAAUGAAUUUCCGAGCUCAGAGGGAACAUUAAGUGAAUCUAUAGCUGAAAAGGGACAAAAAUGCACCUCAGUAAUUUUUCCAGACAUUAACUGCUCACCUGUUCAGAAAGAGGAGGCGACUGAGGAUAGCUGUGGCAACAAAAUUCCACACAACACGACGGAGAGUGAGAGAAAGGGAGGGGGUCUGCCGAUCGCACUCUCCCCAGCCAGAGACAAGGAUACAGGCACAGUCGAUACAGAGGACAAAGCUAACCUAUUCCUAACCUAUUCCUCUCCAGGCAUCCUUGGAACGUGUGAAUGGAAGGUGGAGAGUACACGAUCAAAGGAGAGAAAAGGAGAGAGUGAAGAGGAGGGGAAAAAGACAAGCAAAGGCGGAGCACAGAACGCAGCACAUGCCGGCAGGGUGUCACAGACAGAGGCAGCAACUGAGACGUGUCCAUCCCACUGCAUCACAGCAUCACCAGCGGCAACACAAGACCAGAGUGACCUCAUCCAUCCUGUCACAGCAGGCACAGCUCCGUUUCCUCUGAGUAUCAACAGAAUAAAUGACUGCGACUCCGUCAGCCCACCCCCUCCUCAUUCCUAUAUAAACUCUACAAAGACAGAACCACAGAGAGCAGAAAAGGCUAAUCUAAAUCUGAGCCCAAGUGCAUCAGAAGCAGAACUGCCAGGCAGUGAUAGAUCACUUCCACCAGCAGUUUCUUUAGAAAACGAAUGUCUCGCUGUGCAAGCCAGUGAUCAACAGGUACAGAGCUCUUCACAGACUAGAACCGCAAACUGUGACACAUCCAUCAUGACAGAGACACAGCAACAAAACCAAGGAACAACUUCUACAGGUGAAGACACAUCUCAAUCAAAUAAGCUACAAGUAAACAUGAAGGAUAUCGCCGCAAGCUGUACCAAAGUGGAAGGGCAUAUGUCUCCAAAAGGUAUGCAGAGCUCUUUUGAGAACCAAAAGGAUACAACUUUGAAAUGCCAAAUGACUGAAUGUGCCUCUCUGCCCCCACUGAGGGUAUUUGAAAGUCUACAUCAUCCAGUAAAAGAGGCUAGCUUCAACUUUAAAGGUUUUCUCAGCAUCAGCAAACCAGCACUUCCUCUUCAGACAGAAUCGACCAUUGGCCAGAGAAAUUCUGACCUGCAUGGAACAGAAAAUGGACCUACUGCCACCGUAGAAGGAGGUAAAGAGGAAAACAAUGGAAAGCAGAGAGAAAAUGUGGAACAAAUGGAAAUGACAUUUAAAGAGUCAAAGGACUGCAGAGAAAUGACCAGUACAUCCCAAAUGCAUGGUGAGAUUACUGUAAAACCUGGAGAAAAUGUAAAUGUAAUUAUUAGUAGCUGUGAAUACAAUGGAAAAGUGACAGAUGAAACUCCUGAUGUCAGCAAGAGAAAUCCCGUUAUAUUUUCAUCACUGUCAGCUGCAGGUGAGACCACUGGUGUUACUGAAGCUAAAGAUGUGGUUAAUGAAACUCUGGAAGAUACUGAAGUAAGUAAAGAGAAACAAGAAAAUAAAGAAUGUAAGAAUGUUACUCAGAUCACUCCAAAUAAUACAGAUGAGUCAGCUUCCACUGAGAAUAAUAGUUUUUUACUACAGGAUGUUUCUCCACAAGUGGGUCGUAACAUCAGCCCUGCUGUGGAUGGUGAGUGGGCUGAUAUGCCUGUGUCUGAAGGAGUUGAACAAAGACAUACUGAAGUUCUACUUACCACCAAGGAAAAGCUGGAUAAAGAGACUGAUAAAUCAAAGAGAUGUAGGUUACCUGAAGCAGUUGAUAUAGAACUAACAUGUCCAGGUAAUUCAGAGAACCUUGUGAAUGACAGUCGAGAGCAAAAGCCAGAAAAAUGCACAUGUGAAGUUGAGUCACAGGUAAAAACCAGCUCCAUGUCUCCAGCAGCUGCCCCAGACAUAGACAGCAUGUGCCUUUGCACUCAACCAGACAAGAAAUUCAACACAGAGCAGCCUACUACAACCUCAGAGAUGGUGUUUCUGUCAAAAGCAGUUGAGUGUGCAGACAUGCUGCCCUAUCAGACUGAAUCACAGUACAGUAAUGAACUAAUGAAAAAUGAUGCAGCGGAUGCUGGGGACACAACUCUCCCUUCUCUUUCUGCAAUGGAGACUACAGUACCAGCACAAAGGGAUCUUUCCUCAACCACCACACAAAGCACUAACAGUGAUGCCAGGGAUGUGUCUGUCAUUGUACUAAAGGCUCCUGGCCCAAUGCUGAGUCACUGUGAGCUCAUGAAUGACUGUGAUAUUGCUGUAGCAGGACCCGGAGAAGAUUGCAGUGUGAAAUGUGCGUGUGAUUCUGACACAGAUAUUUUAAAGAAUAUUACAGAUAAAACUAAUCAACAAUCAGAUGCGAAUGAAGAGAUGUUAAGAUCUCAAAAUGCAGGUGAUCCUCCCUACCCUGUUAGUGUCUCCACACAGGAAAUCGUAGCAUCAUCUGGGUCCCUUCUGCGCACAACUGACAGGGCAGAAAAGGCAGGUGGUUCACCUCUACUUUUAAAGAACCCAGAUAUUGUUGGAAAUGGACAGAUGAAACAGAAUGAAGCAUCUAAGGGUGUUGGAAAAUUAGAGGUUGCUAGAAAAGGGAAGAGUGAAGAACAUUUAAAUUCUGUACAUGAAAAUGAUUUAUGCAAUGCACCUACAAAUGUUACUACAGAAAAUGAAGUAAUUAGUAAAGACACAUAUGAAGAAUUCAAGCAUGUGAAGGGGGAAGAGGACAGUAAGAAGUGUGUAAAGGAAACUAAUGCAAAAAAUGAAACUAGUGCCUCACAGGAAGAAGGGGUUGAACAAAAAAAUGGAAAGCAGGGUGAAAUGAAGGAGCAAGAAGAAAUGCCUAUUAAGGAGCAGAAGGAUAGUAUACCUGCUUUGACAAUUCAACAAAGUCCUAAUGAUGAAAUCAAACAUGAUUCACUCCUGAUGAACUUGGAGGACAAUCUCGUUACACUUCUGACUGAGGAGCCUGUUCAACAUGUGUCUGUAGACAAUGUAAAACUAAAUAAAGAUGUAUCCAGGCAGAUGAUGGGAGGAGAGGAAAACAGGGAGUUUGUGCAAGAAAAUGAAGUACAAAAUGUAAAAUUCAUUGCAGAAAAGGACAGUAAAAAGAGAACAAAUAACUCUAAAGAACAGUAUGACGCUGCUGCAAAAGAAAAAGCUGAUCAAACACAAGGAGAAAAUCAGACAUUAUUAAAUCUCUUCAAUCUAUCAGGAGAAAAAAAACUAGUAGAUGAAACCAUUCCAAGAGGAAGAUUGCAGUGUAGCCCUAUGCCUGAUCCUGGUUUAACCCCCAAAAGGAUUACAGAAGAGGCUCUGGGAUGUAGAGGGGCACUAACUGAAAAAUCUCCUCCAGUCGUUGAUCAGACCCUGUCUGCAGGGGUGGAUGCUUCACCUGAGAGAGACCUCACACAAGAUCCAAGAGGCUUGAGCCAGUCAGAUUUGGCAUUUUCACAGUCCCAAGAGCUCCAGCAGCAACAGAAGUUUGUGAGUGCCCUAGAAGCAGUGUUAAGUGUGAGUAAAAGCAAUGUUUUAGAAAAUGCUGAGACCAAUAACGAUGCAGAUGCUGAGGCAAGUGAAAAGGAAGAGAAGGUGACAAUGUAUUGUAGUGCAGAGGCUCAGAGAUCCCUAAACAGCACAUCAGAGAGUGCCACACUGGUGGGGGGCUAUGACAAAGAUGUUGCUGUGUAUAAUAUAUGUCCAGAGAAUGAAAAGAAGACAAUACAAACAAUCAAUCUUAAUGGAGGGAAAUUUCCUCUUUAUGGUGAAAGUACUUCAGGUUCUCCCAACUUGUCUGAAACAGCAUCGUUAGCUUCUGAAAAUUCAGAAGUCCAACGGGUUCUAGAGGUAAUAGAGGUAAAAGAGCCUGCCAUCUCAGCAUCACAGGAAAGUGUGAGUAAACAUGCAGAUUGUACCAAAUCACAGGUCAGUGCCGAUGAGCAUGGGAAUGGUUGUAAUGAAAUACUUGACACCAAGAAAGGCUCAGAAUUUCCUGGAAAUCACUCAAGUGGGUUCACUGUGAUUCCCACCUACUCACACCAUGAAGGAGGACUAAAAACAGAAGAGAAAUGUUUUGACUGUAUUACCCCUGGAGACACUGAGAUCAGUUCUGAUUCACUGAGUGAUGUUGCACAGAUGUCUCCUACAGGAAUGUCCCGAAUUCAGCAAGAGAAAGAGUUAUUUUUUCAUCCCUCUGAUUGCCAGAUCUCCACCACCACAUUCUCUUUUUCUGCUUCUGUGCUUCAGAAAAGUGUUAAAGAGGAAAAAGAGAUAAGUGUGGAUCAGGCCUCUACAGGUGCACUAGAAACUAACACUCAUUCCACUCCCCAGUCUGAGACAGCCAGCUGGAGGAUGGAGCAGCUUAAUAAGCAUUUGUCAGAGCAGUUCCCAUACGGUACCCAAAACACAGAGGAGCAGGAUACACAGUGUUCUGAACAGCAGCUCUUGCAGUUACAACAUGUAGGUACUUGUUUGGACACUGAAAACACAAGUAUUAUGAAAGAAGAAGACACAGUUUCAAAUGGCUUACAGCAGCAAGAAGGAAUUCAAGAAGAGAUAAGUAAACAGAUGGCAAAUGAGGAAAAGAACAAGGCCACUGAAAAGGAUCACGUAGAAAUGUCCAAAGGGGCUGAACCUAAGUCUUCAGAGUCUAUAGUGAAAGAAAACAUCUCCAAAGAAAACCGAAGCAAGUUGGAGGGGCCGUCUUUAUUUUCCCCUGAUGAAACAAUAGUUGAUAAUGUAGAGCAGCAAACUGAAGAAGUUUCUAAUGGGACAGUGACAGAAAUGAAACCGGUUGUGUCAUUGUUAUACCCUGAGACCUCUGUCUGCUUAGUGACUGACCCCCAAGAUUCCCUCCACUUCCCUCCUACAGUCAAUCAACAGUCUAGUCAGCAGCCCACUAAGUAUGUUAUCCAAACUUUACAGCAAAACUCCACAAAUACAGUUAAAAGUAGCAGUGAGCCAAGUCCUGACAUAGCAGAUAACUCUUGUGGAGACAAAGAAUCCCUUCUAAUCAAUAAAGCAAUACAAAAAGAUGACAGUGAAGCUAUUGAAGAUGAAGUCAGCAAGGUUUCAAAAGCUGCAGUAGAGGUAGAGGGAACACUAGAGGUAUCACAAGUUAUCAAAAGUUCAGACACCAAAGUCUUCAGUGCAAUCUUUAUACCUGAGAGGUCAGAUACAGUCAACUCUGAAGGUUCUGAUUGGCUCAGAGCUCUGAAGGAGGCAGCCUCCAUGUCUCAGAUCAUUCCAGAGCACAGAGAUGAGACUACCUGUGGAUCUACAGAAAACAGACUAUUUGAGACCCACGGUUUGCCUCAGGCUAAACUAGAAUUCCUAACCCCAACGGAAGAAUAUUUUCCCCCUGCACCUGAAGAGAGCUUUCCCCCUGCACUUGAGGAGAGUUUCCCCCCUGUGCCUGAGGAGAGUUUUCCCCCUUUGCCUGAGGAGAGUUUUCCCCCGGCUCCUGAGGAGAGUUUUCCCCCUUUGCCUGAGGAGAGUGUUCCCCCUUUGCCUGAGGAGAGUUUUCCCCCGGCUCCUGAGGAGAGUUUUCCCCCGGCUCCUGAGGAGAGUUUUCCCCCUUCGCCUGAGGAGAGUUUUCCCCCGCGCCUGAGGAGAGUUUUCCCCCUUCGCCUGAGGAGAGUUUUCCCCCGGCUCCUGGAGAGUUUUCCCCCUUCGCCUGAGGAGAGUUCCCCCCCUUCGCCUGAGGAGAGUUUUCCCCCGGCUCCUGAAGAGAGUUUUCCCCCUUCGUCUGAGGAGAGUUUUCCCCCGGCUCCUGAAGAGAGUUUUCCUCCUGUACCUGAGGAGAGUUUUACCCCUGUUACUAAGCAGCCAGAAGAACCACAAGAGUGCAGGUCUCCUCUGGUAGAAGCUGCUGAGAGCGGUGAGCCUUUCCCUUCUCCCUUAUCACCCCUACCACAGCACGACACUGCUCCUGCCCUCCCUGCCCACCUGCUCCAGGACACAGUCGAGUUCCCCACACCGCCCCCUACCCCUCCGGACAGGGCUCCCCCUGAGCCUCAGACCCUUCCUCCUGCUCCUGCUCCUGCUGGUCUACCGGAGGCUUCCCCUGCUGCCUCUGUGCCUCCUCAAAUCCAACAGCUACAGCACUCUGAGCCUUCAGCAAGGAGCUCAGACUCGAGGAGCGUUCGAAACCCCCGAGUCCACCACCCCUGUGAAGUCUGCUUCCCCACCAGUGUCCCCAACAGAGCCCCCCUGCACCAAAUCAGAGGCGUUGUCUCCAGAACACACAGCUUCCACUGCUGAUAUCUCUGCCAGUGAAGCUCAAGAGCCGAAACAGCUUCAACCUCUAAGCCGCACUCAAUCCAGAGUCUUUGAUGAGGACAAACCAAUAGCUGCUAGUGGCACCUACAACCUAGAUUACGUAAUUGCUGAUGACCCCGUCCCAGAAUCAAAUUUUGGGUCUGGACCAUCAAGCAGAGCGCCUCUUACCCACUCUCUAAGCCUACAGUCUGGUGAGUUAGAGAGCCCAGGAGACAAACCCUCAGGAGGAACCUCCGAAAAACUCAUUCACCCAAAAGCAGAGUCCUUCAGCACAGGAACAGAAAGUGCUCCGGGAACCCUUCGUAAAGUGAAGAAGCCCCGUCCAGGUUCCCUAAAGAAGAAACCUCUUUCCCG